AUGGCUGAGGCGAAGGGGGCGGCUGCGCCGCUGCUGGCGCGGGAGGAUGGGAGACGGCGUGGAGGCUGGGGAGGAGCAACCUGGGCGCAGACGCUGGGCAACGUGGUGGUGUCCAUUGUGGGCACGGGGGUGCUCGGCCUGCCCUACGCCUUCCGAGCCGCCGGCUGGGUCGCCGGAUCCCUCGGCGUCGCCGCCGCCGGAUUCGCCACGCUCUACUGCAUGCUCCUCCUGGACACUAUUGAUUUUUCAGAUGGGGAUAUCCUGUGCCCACUGCCCAACUUUAAAGUAAAGAGGCUUUCCACUUUCAGUAUUUUCGUUCCAUUUCCCAUCAGAAAAAUAUGGUCCCAUAUUGUCUCCAGUAUAACAGGAACGGUGGACUGUAAAGAUAAAUUGCAGGAGGAAGAAACUGAUGAACCAAAGAAUUAUACAUAUGGAGAUUUUGGUGAGAAGUGCUUUGGGACUAUAGGUCGGUGCUUGACGGAAAUUCUCAUUCUUAUCUCACAAGCGGGUGGUUCUGUAGCUUACCUAGUAUUCAUUGGUGAAAAUCUGCAUUCCGUGUUUAGCCAGUCGAUGUCACCAGCUGGCUUCAUCUUUGCCGUCCUAUUGCCUGUGCAAAUCGCGUUGUCCUUCAUUCUUUCACUAUCCUCUCUUUCACCAUUCAGUAUAUUUGCUGAUGUGUGCAAUGUCCUAGCGGCGGCAGUGGUUAUCAGAAAAGAUCUUCAACUAAUUGAUCAUCCUUUUGCAAAUAGAAGUGCUUUUAAUGGAGUUUUGGCGAUACCUUUCGCUUUUGGAGUCGCGGUCUUCUGCUUUGAAGGAUUCAGCAUGACACUGGCACUAGAAUCAUCAAUGGCGGAACGUAGAAAGUUCCGUUGGGUGCUUUCUCAAGCAGUUGUGGGCAUCAUAGUUGUGUAUGCAUGUUUUGGAGUAUGUGGGUACUUGGCCUAUGGUGAGGCUACCAAGGACAUCAUAACACUUAAUCUUCCCAAUAGUUGGUCAUCUGCUGCUGUUAAGGUUGGCCUAUGCAUUGCACUAGCAUUCACAUUCCCAGUUAUGAUGCACCCGAUUCACGAGAUUGUGGAGACAAGGCUCAGAUCAAGUGGAUGCUUCCAGAAGCUCUCCCACGGGGUUCCUGGUGCCGAGUGGCUAGGCCUGCACUCGAGCCGCAUCAUCAUGGUGACUAUUUUAACUGUGAUGGCAUCCUGCAUACCUGCAUUUGGGUCCUUCGUCUCCUUUGUUGGGUGCACCGUCUGUGCGCUGCUCUCCUUUGUGCUACCUACCUUCUUCCACCUCAACAUCGUAGGAUCGUCAAUGAGCCUAUGGAGAAGAGUGCUGGACUACGGCUUCCUUCUGUUUGGCCUUGGUUUUGCUGGAUUUCUGUUUUUGAGUCUGAUAGUUCAUACAGAUGAUAAGGAAGCACAUGGGUCCAUCAAUGCUAUUGUCCAUGUGAAGCUGCAGAGCAAAGAAAAUACUCACCAAAUCUACUGUUCAGGCCUAGGUGGACCUGCCAAAUUUAGCCACCGUCCCGAGACAAAGAAGAAGAGCAAGUAUCGCAUCACUGCACAAAUGUCAACCUACAAGGACAUGCGGGCGUUCACCACCAUGUAUAACAUGAUCCCCGCCCUGCUAGUUCUCGCCGGAGUCAUCACCGGGGUGCGUGCGGCAGCACCUCCUCCGGUGCCGGUGCCGGUGCCGCCGAAGGUUCCCACAGCUCCCCCGGCUACUGCCGGGCCGCUUAAAUACCCCGCGAUCCUUGCUUUUGGUGACUCGAUUAUAGACACAGGUAACAACAACUAUAUCAGGACUAUCGUCAGGGCCAACUUCCCGCCCUACGGCAGGGACUUCCCCGGGCACAAGGCCACCGGCCGGUUCACGGACGGUAGGAUCAGUGUUGACUUCCUAGCGGCGGCACUUGGUGUGAAGGAGAAUGUCCCGCCGUACCUGAAGAAGGACCUCACCCUCGACGACCUCAAGACCGGUGUCAGCUUCGCAUCGGCCGGGAGCGGCUACGACAACGCCACCUGCAAGACCAUGUCGGCGCUGUCGAUGGAGCAGCAGCUGAAGAUGUUCCUGGAGUACAAGGCCAAGGUGGGGACUAUCCCGGACAAGGCCCUCUACCUCCUCGUGUGGGGCAGCAACGACAUCGUGGAGCACUUCACCUUCGGGGACCCCAUGUCGGUAGAGCAGUACAGCGACCUCAUGGUCCAGCGCGCCAUCUCCUACAUCCAGACCCUCGUCAGCCUCGGCGCCAAGAGGAUCGCCCUGACGGGAGUGCCGCCGGUGGGCUGCUUGCCGUCGCAGCGCAUUCUCUCUGGCGGGAUCCGGCGGCAGUGCGCCGCGGAUCGUAACCAGCUAGCCAGCAUGUUCAACAACAAGGUCAGGGAAAAGAUGGCCAUGCUCGGCGCCAAGCUCCCCGGCGUCACGCUCACAUUCAUCGACCUCUACGCCAUCUUUGAGGACGUGAUCCACCGGCACGAGGCGCUCGGGUUCAAGAACGCCAAGGACUCGUGCUGCGGUUUGCUUGGGCUGGCGGUAGCCGUGCUCUGCAACUUCGCCAGCCCGGUCUGCGCCGAACCCGCCAAAUACGUCUUCUGGGACAGCUACCACCCCAGCUCCAGUGCCUACAAAGUCAUCAUCGACAUGGUCGUCGAAAAAUACUUCAGAUACAUGAACUAG